AUGUCCAGGAAGAUAGAAACUACACCCCCCACCAUCCGGCCCCUUACAAGAAUACCAGCACCCGAAUGUGCGACUGUAAUGAAGACGCUUAAUGAUCAACUGAAAAAGUCGUCAAAACAAGAUUCUGCAGGGAAUAAAGUUCUACAAGAAUUGAUCCAUCUGCAACAACGUGGCAAGAUCACAUACCCUCUGGAUGCCCGAUUACAGAAGAUAGCUUUGUUAAUUAAUGAAUGGGAACCUAGCCUAUUUCUGCCCGUGUACACUAAUGCCCCGGUUCUAGUCUUUGAUGGAGUUGAUUUAAUGUAUAACUACUCUCUCGUCUCCGGAGGAAGUCCCCCCGAACCUUUAGGAUUAGUAGUAGUUAGUGACUGGUGUUAUAAAAGAGGAUCCCUUUUCCAGUUUGUAUUUACGGAAAGGGACUGGACCAGUUUACAAUCAAACGAAAGAAUUCAAGCGCGAAAAAAACCAAUCAUAGAUAAAUUGGUACAAGCGGAUCAGAUAAUGCUCACCAAGGGGGAGUGUAACUAUCUGGCGGUGCGGGAAGGUUCCCAGCUACCAGAAACCCCGAAUUCGAUUGAAGAUCCAUUGUACGAACCACUCGGGCAAGUAUCCAGCAAGUACGGCCGUAACUUGUCGUGGCUCAACUCUAUGCUGAAAUACGUAAAAGCUAUCGGCGGCUACUGGGUUAGCAAUGACCUUCACGUGAAACCUUACGCGUCCAGAUCUGGUGUCCAGCAAAUUUGCUACUAUUUCCCUGACCUCCUUACCUUCUGUCUUUCCAGCGAUUCAAUUCCGGAUUGA